CCUUUGCUUGGAAUAUUUAAAUUGUGUUGUCCAUCCUGAAGCAAAAAUAGACCAACUUGAAACUGUUCGUCUCGUCUGGCCCCACGCAUGGUCAAGAUUACAGGGCUGUGACACCUCUUGGCGGGCUCCCCACCGUAAGUCUGAGCCACGAACUCAGCAUUGCGGCGUAGCAGCAACAUCGAACAGUACGAAUAAACUACGACAACCAAAUUCCUUCUCUUCCCCUAAAUAAGCUUCGACCUCUCAGCUGAAGUUUGCAGAUACGAAUCGAAGAAGCAACAGCACUCGACACCUGGAGACCUGUGAAUCGAGAGUGCGCAAGGCUGACGAGGCUGCAAUAAACACUGAAUCAUGGCGGACCAACUCAGCGAAACAUCUGUACCCCACGUCUCACUCUCUCGACCACUGCCUCCUCUCCCUCCACGUCGAACACACGCACUGUCCAUAUCAAUACCAUACCGCGAUGAUCCAGAGAUCGAAGAGGUUGAGAUUGAGAUUCUCGAGGACCUCCAAGCAGAACGCUCACCGCCGGGCUACGAACCCAUGUACGACUACCUCCGUUCGCAACAAUCGAAUUCUCAGAUUCCCUUACCGAAUUGCCAACCAAACCCAUCACAAGGCUCAAUACGAGUUCCUUAUCGAGACCAACCCUUCAUCAUCACCAUAACCGACACAGAUGGAGACACGAUCUCACCUCCUCCUUCCUACCAUGAUAUAUAUAAUCCGAAUGAAAUAGAGAUGCGCAACUUGCUGCGGAGCUAUGAGCUAGACGGCACACCGGCAGAACAGACGGAGGAAAUUUGCAGGUGGCUUGUGGCAAUGCUGCUCAUUGCCCUGACGAUCGUAGGUGUGGGGACUGCAUUCAAUUGGGGACGAGCGAGUUGUCAGUGGCCGAAUGCGUCGGCGUCGAAAUGUUGAUACCCUGGGAAUUGGGAGGGGAGUGAUUGCAUAUUUGAGUUUAGGUUUGGGCGAAUGGACUUGGGAUAUGGCAUAAAGCAGGUGUUCGGAUGAAUGGAUGGAAAGAAGGAUACCU